AUGAAUGCCAAACCGACGGACCUACCGAUCGCUUUUAUCAACAUCAUCGGCGAAUCGGUACAGUCGGUGACAGGUUGUCAGAGCAACCCGGUCGAAGCUCGCGCAGUUGCCGUGAUAGUACGACUUCUUUUAGCGUCGUCCAUCUCCGCGGACAACAUCAUGGUCAUCUGCCUCUACCGAGAUCAACUUUACCUAGUUGAGUCCGCACUAGAAGGGUCCAACGUUGCGGUCAAAACCGUGGAUAGCGCGCAAGGUUCAGAAAAAUCUGUCGUCAUCGUGUGCACGACGCGCACCCAUAUCAACCCUAAGCGCAAUCUCUCCUUCUUUGCAGAUCCCAAGCGCCUCAAUGUCGCCCUCUCCAGAGCUCGCGACGGUGGGCAGGGAGCGAUGGAGUGCGCCAAACCCUAA